CCCCCCCCCCCCCUCCUUCCAAGGUGCUCCAAUGGAGCUCUACCGGAACUACUACAGUCGUAAGAGUAGAACACCGCAGUGAGGACACCAACACCAUAUAUCACGACGAUUAAUUACCAUGGCCCGCCAGUCUCUCCAGAUUGAGCUCGCAGAGCGCCCCAAGGGCAGCAUCGUCCCCGGCCAGACCUUUCGGCAGAGGACGGUAGCCGCACCAACGGAAGCAGACCUGAAGGAUGGCCAGCUGCUUCUCGAGAGCCUCUACCUGUCUCUCGAUCCGGCAAUGCGUGGUUGGCUAAACGACCGCCGCUCCUACGUGCCCCCCGUGGGCAUCGGAGAGGUAAUGCGUGGCAAUGCCAUCUCCCGAGUCAUUGCCUCCAAGUCGGCAAAAGCCCGAGCCGGCGACAUCGUCGUGGCCACCAUUGGCUUUCGGGAAGUGGCCAUCUUGCCCGAAACCCUUGUUGAGCCCCCGUUUCCAUUACCACCCAACGGCAAGCUCACGGAUCUGCUGGGCGUGCUGGGCCCUACCGGCCUGACGGCUUAUUUCGGUAUGACCCGGAUCGGACAGCCCAAGCCCGGGGAUUCGGUUGUUGUUUCGGCCGCCGCGGGCGCUACAGGCAGUGUCGCCGCCCAGAUCGCCAAGAUCUCGGGUGCCCGCGUCGUGGGCACGGUAGGCAGCGACGAGAAGGUCCGGUGGUUGAAGGAGGAGCUAGGGCUCGACGAGGCUCUAAACUACAAGGACCCCGACUUCAAGACCAAGUUCAAGGAGGCCACCCCGGGAUAUAUCGAUGUUUUCUUCGACAACGUGGGCGGCGAGCAGCUGGAUAUGGCCCUUGGCCGCGCUAAGAAGAACGCUCGCUUCGUCAUGUGCGGUGGCAUCAGUGGGUACAAUGCAGAAUCGCCAUAUGGUCUCAAGAACAUCUCCUCCAUCAUCGCUCAAAGGAUCAGAAUGGAAGGCUUCAUUGUGUUUGACUACAUUCCCGAAUACCCAGCCGCACGGCAGCAGCUUGCGCAGUGGUUAGGGGAGGGUAAGAUUCAGAGGAAGGGAACCGUCGUCCCGGGCGGCCUAGCUGUCGCCGAAGGUGCUCUAUCUCGUCUAUUCCAAGGCGCCAACACAGGGAAGCUCCUCGUCGAAGUCAAAAGUCCGGACGAGGUCUCGAAACUGUAGCCGUUAUGUUCUAGCCUUUUCCCCUCGUCCGCCAUGAACAAGGCGUCUACUAUUAAGCUAGGCAGAUGUCCAGCCGAGACGAAGAGACAGAUGCCGAGAAUAGGGGCUGUGUGUUGGCUGAGACGGCAAGCUCUGGGAUUACACGCUCGAAACUCACAAAGUGAUUGUAAAUGACAGCAAGAGAAGCACCACGACACCAUCAGGGUUGUAAAUAGAUGUGAACCAUUUUCGUCUUUUUUUCCUAACUUCCUAGCUAAAGGAAAUUGGGAGUAACUGUCAAAAUAGAAACCGAUGCGAGCAUCUGCUUCGGCUCCCAUCUUCUCUUCGGUAAAAAUAAGAGUGUAGACCUAGUCUACUACUCGAGAUAAAAAAGAAAAAGGCUAAACUAAACCCUAGCCUGUAGAAAUGAUAGAGUUGAGUAGUGCGUAGGGUUGACUAAUAAUGAAUAGGUGGAUGUCUUGUAUAGAUACCCU